AUGAAGCCCAACACAAGAACAUUGGUGAAUGCUGCAUCAGGAGGGUCCUUGAAAACAAAAACUCCAGAGGAAGCCUUGGAAUUAUUAGAGUCUUUAGCCUCUCAGGAGUAUGAUAAUGCUCCCGUACCACAGAGAAGAGCGGGGAUUAUGAAGCUUGAUGGUGCUCAUGCUACUGAUGACUGCAAGGCACCCGAAACUGCAGAUGUUAAUGGAAUUUGGCAUGAUCAAAAAGCUCCAUAUAAUCCAGGGAGGAACCAAUACGGCAAUAAUCAGAAUCAAGGGUGGAGAAAUAAAAAUCAAAAUCAACACCCAGGAUUUAGUUACAGUUCGAACCAUCAGCUGAAUCCUCCUAUGCCAGUGCAACAACAACCUCCACAACAAUCAGAAUGGGAAAAGGCCUUUGCACAACUAUCCAAGACCACAUCAGACUACAUUCAAAGUUCCAAUAAUUUCAGAGAGGACACUUCAGCCUUUAUGCAAGAGACAAGGGCCUCAUUCCGGAAUCAAGAAGCUUCUAUCCGGAAUCUUGAAACUCAGAUUGGCCAGCUAUCAAAGCAGUUCACUGAAAGAGUUCAAGGAACUUUUCCAGGUAACACUAUUCCAAAUCCAAGUAGGGAACACUGCAAUGCGAUUACUACUAUGAGUGAGAAAGCCAUUGAACCUGUGGUAAAGCCUUUAGUUGAGAAAAAGAAAGAUGAUGAACUUGCAACUGUAAAGGAAAAAGAAAAGGAAGUUGCCAAAGAAUCUGCUGCAGAGAAAACUGUUCCUGAAAAGAAAGAGUUCAAAUGGGAGAAAAAGAAAGCUCAAGAAAGGCAAGAAAAGCCAUUGGAGCUCUCACCUUAUGCAAAGAUUCCAUAUCCGCAGAGGUUCAGAGAGGAAAUCAAAAAGCAGCAGUAUUCCAAGUUCCUUGACAUUUUCAAGAAGCUGCAAAUCAAUAUCCCGUUUACUGAAGCCUUGGAGAACAUGCCCAAUUACGCAAAGUUCAUGAAAGAUCUUCUAUCACGAAAGCGUAAGCUACAAGAAUGUGAGACAGUGACGCUGACAGAGGAAUGUAGUGCCAUUAUCCAGAAAAAGUUGCCUCCAAAGCUUAAAGAUCCAGGAAGAUUCAGCAUUCCAUGCAACAUAGGCAAUAUGGAAGUGAAAAAUGUUCUAUGUGAUCUCGGUGCCAGCAUCAACGUGAUGCCACUAUUUAUGAUGAAGAAACUGGGGAUCACUGAAGUAAGGCCAACCAAGACAAUAGUUCAACUGGCUGACCGCUCUACAAAGCAAGCUUAUGGCAUUAUUGAGGACAUACUGGUAAAGGUUGACAAAUUCAUCAUUCCUGUUGAUUUUGUCAUCCUUGAUAUAGAGAAAAAUUCUACUAUUCCUAUGAUCUUCGAAAGACCUUUCUUGGCAACCUCAGGAGCGCUGAUUGAUGUAUCGAAAGGGUUUAGGUUUGACCUGUGGUAUGAGCGUGAAUUGUCAAGAAUGAAUGUGGAAUUGACAAGAUAUACGUCUUGUGAUACAUUUGGAUGUGUGAAAGUAAAAUCUGAUAUAUAUUUGGAUAACAGGUGUGAAUUAGGAGAUACAGUAAUUCCUAAUAAGAGUUCUGAGGAUUUGACCAAGUUACUUGCGUUUCAAGAUAUAAUGAUCAUAGUGGUAUAUCUGUGUGUUUGUGUUUAUGAUGUUGGAUACUAA